GAUUGCACCCUACCGCUUACCCUUGGGAGCACGCCAAGUGGAACAAGACCUUCGAUCACCAGGCGUGAGUCUUCCAAUUGCGGGCGAAUAAUACCCUCGCCAUCUCUCCCCGAUACCGGCCAUCUUACUCAUAUUUUGCACUCCAGCCUCCGUCGUGGUUUCCAGGUCUACCGUGAAGUCUGUGCCAGCUGCCACUCCCUGACCCGUGUGCCUUGGCGCUCGUUCGUCGGUGUCAUGCACACCGUCGAUGAGAUGAAGGCCAUGGCUGAGGAGAACGAGUACGACACCGAGCCCAACGACCAGGGCGAGAUCGAGAAGCGUCCCGGAAAGCUGUCCGACUACAUCCCUGCUCCCUACAAGAACGAGGAGGCUGCUCGUGCUGCCAACGGUGGUGCUCUGCCCCCGGAUCUCAGCUUGAUCGUCAAGGGCCGUCACGGUGGCUGCAACUACAUCUUCAGUCUGCUGACUGGUUACCCCGAUGAGCCCCCGGCUGGUGCCACCGUCGGUGCUGGCAUGAACUUCAACCCCUACUUCCCCGGUACCGCUAUUGCCAUGGGUCGUGUUCUUUUCGAUGGUGUUGUCGAGUACGAGGAUGGCACCCCCGCCACUACCUCCCAGAUGGCCAAGGACGUUGUCGAGUUCCUCAACUGGGCUGCCGAGCCUGAGAUGGACGACCGCAAGAAGAUGGGUGUUAAGGCUAUCACCCUCCUGACCGGUCUCUUCGCCAUCAGCGUCUGGGUUAAGCGUUACAAGUGGUCCCCGAUCAAGACGAGAAAGAUUGUGUACAGCCCCCCCGUUUCCCGGCGCUGAAUGUUGCAGCGGACUGUAUGAAUUGCACACCGUGGAGGAAAAAUACCGGCGGCCAGUGAGCCUUGAUAUAAUCCAUCGUCCAACAAGUUAUGUUGGUCCCACGUCGCCAUUUCCUUCAACCUGUCACUCUAUUCGAUGGUCUCUGCAUGUUUCGUUAGAUGUUACUCAGGACACUUGUAUCUGUACCCUAGAUAUUUAUUCUCCGUUGAAAAUGUUGCUUCAAGAUCCAAUGUCACAAUUUCCUUUGUUAGCUAUUACACAUGUUGUAUGGGCUUUGGUAUACAAUAGCCGUUCUGUCUUUCACUAUGGGAAGGCUUAAUAGAAUGCCUCAAUGUAUUUAUUUGGUUGUAUCUGCAUUAUUAAAAACCAGUCUUUUAAUUAUACAAUCACCAG